UAUUUCUGAUCGUGGGGAAUUUCGACUGCUAGCACAAAAUCACUGAUUUGACACCUUUACUCAAUUUCGAAGAACUUAACAACUUCUGAGAAUGUCGCUGCCAGAGAGGUAUGCUUUUAUUGCCGAGUGGUACGAUCAGAAUGCAGCCAUUAUGCGGUCAUACCAACUUCUAUAUUAUGCAUCAGAUAAUACAGUAGAAAUGUACGACAUCAAAAACAGAAGAAUAUUCCUGAAGCGUUCCAAAGUUGAGAAUCUUCGCUUUGAAGAUCUCUUUAUUGGAGGAACAAUCAACGUUCACUCUAGACAACUGAACCUCGUGGAGUAUGCUGAUGAGUUUACAAAGAAACAACUCAGCUCAAAGAAGGAAAAGACACUCGCUAUGAUCAAGCCUGACGCUGUUGCUAAGUUCGGUGCCAUUAUUGACAUGAUCUACAGAGGUGGGUUUCUCAUCGUCAACGCUAAAAUGACUAAGUUAUCAAGAAAAGACGCUGAGGAAUUCUAUCAGGAACACGUUCAGAGGCCAUUUUUUGAUAACCUGGUACGGUUUAUGACGAGUGGACCAUCUAUUGCCAUGGAGCUAAUGAGUAACAGUGCUGUAACAGAAUGGCGUAGACUACUCGGCCCGACCGAUAGUAGUAUGGCUCGCAGUGAGGCUCCUAAUAGUGUCAGGGCAAAGUUUGGCACAGAUCAAACACGGAAUGCAUGCCAUGGCUCUGAUGCUGUCGCCACCGGUCAGAGAGAGACAUCCUUCUUCUUCGCUGCCCCUGGGCGAUGGAGAAACACGGCCAAGUUCUCUGAAAGUUCAUGCUGUGUGAUCAAGCCGAGUGCAGUCCUGGAAGGUAAUGCUGGCCAGAUCAUGAUGGCCAUCAAAGAGGCAGGGUUUGAAGUAUCCGCCCUUCAGAUGUUCCAUCUAGAGAAAGCAAAUGCAGAAGAAUUCUUUGAAGUCUACAAGGGUGUUGUCGCAGAAUUCACGGAGAUGGUGCAAGAGUUAUGUUCUGGGCCUUGCUUUGCCUUGGAGAUCACUGGCAAAGGUCCGAACACAGCGGAUGACUUCCGUGAAUUUGUGGGCCCAGCCGACCCUGAGAUUGCCCGCACACUCCGCCCCAACACCUUACGCGCCAAGUUUGGACUGAACAAGAUCAAGAACGCAAUCCACUGCACUGACCUGCCAGAGGAUUGUCAGUUAGAGGUGGAAUACUUCUUCCGCAUCUUGGCCGAGUAGGAAUUUGCAUCUUCGCGUAUUUCGAGGGAAGCAAUUUGUGGUCGAUCAAUGCUGAUUCCUGAGCUUGGGUUGCAUUUACCGUGUCAAGAAACGCCUUUACAUGAGUUAAUGAGUUAAUGAGGUGUGUAUACAUGCCACGGCAUACAGCCGGGGUUUUGCGAUUCACGGUGAACAUAUCUAAUCCUUUCUAAAAAAGAGAACGCAAAAUCCCAGUGCAAUAAUGAGAAGAUUUGUUGACUUUUCUUGUUAAGUCGGGGUUUCACAACGAUGUGCGCACAAAUUAUUCAGCCGUUCUAAGAAAUUAAUCCCAGCCCUUGGCCUGGAAAAGUUUUGAAUUGCAUGUACACAUGUAUUUUGGCAUAGACAAUGGCAAGUUCAGCAGUUAGAAAUACUUCCCUCGAUAGUUAUACCUGUACAAAUUUCAACAUCAUGUAUAUAGCAACAUUAGACAUCAGUAACAAAUACAUUGUACAUACCUACUUGCAGGUGACGUGCAUUUUGUAUUCUCUUGUCACAUUAGAUGACCAGAACAAAGACUGUCCAUACUCUACAUGAUGGAGAGUUGGUUAGAGCAUGCACUCCCCGUUUUCGAUGAGAAACCAUUUCAAACCAUUCAAAUGCAUGGGUUAGAACUAAAUGGACAAUAUGCAUACUCUAUGGUAUGCAUUCAGCACAUGAUAUUAUAAUGCAGGCUAGCUGGGUUUUUCUGCUUUCAAAACCGCAUGGAUAAUAUUGAACGGUCAGACAGUAGGAGGGUUGACUGUGUAGAUGCAUUCACCACAUGAUAUAAUAAUGGAGUAUAUCAUGUGGGUACGCAUUGUCUUCAUAGUUCUGUGCUGACAUGUUCAAUCUGCACAGUAGAGUGAACAUACAUCUGGAUGGUCUCAAAUGGUUGAUAAAUUAACAUUCAUAAAUACCCCCAGACAGUUGUUCUACUCCGAUUGGUGGAGGGCGUGCCACGUGUGGGUGUUUAAACGGUUGAUAAUGAGCAGUGUUUAUAACCGGCUGGCUUGCGCGUGUCAUGUGGAACGCAAUUCCGUGUACACACAACCCACGCACAAUAGACUCUUUACAAAGUUUUUGAAAAAAUAACAUUUCAAACCUCAAA